CUGUCCUGGCAAAUCCUGACAUUUCCAGUGACGUCUUUGUAGUGGCGCUGUUGAAAGUCUCUUUCGUUCUUCUCAUCCACCCCUCUCUCUCCUAGUGAGAUUAACAGGCUGGAUCUGGGCCUGACUGUGGAAGUCUGGAACAAAGGCUUGAUCUGGGACACCAUGGUGGGCACACUGUGGAUCCCUUUAAGCAGCAUUCGCCAGUCCAACGAGGAAGGGCCAGGGCAGUGGAUGACUUUAGACUCCCAGGUCAUCAUGGCAGAAAAUGAGAUCUGUGGCACCAAAGAUCCAACUUUCCACCGUGUGCUUCUGGAUACACGCUUUGAGUUGCCUUUAGACAUUCCAGAGGAAGAGGCUCGCUACUGGGCCAAAAAACUGGAGCAGAUAAAUGCCAUGAGGGACCAAGAUUAUUCAUAUCAGGAGGAGCAUGAGAGACCACUUCCUGUGCCAUCAACGCAGUGCUGUAAUUGGAGUCUAUGGGGAGACCAACCAAAUGACGAUCCAGACAGCGCAGUGGACGAUAGAGACAGCGAUUACCGCAGUGAGACAAGCAACAGCAUCCCUCCACCUUAUUAUACCACAUCCCAGCCCAACGCUUCCAUGCACCAGUACCCCAUUCGCCAUAUGCACCGCGACUCCCGCUACGAUGACAUGCAAGACUAUGACUAUGAUAACCAGAGAACUAUGAGGUACACAGUGCUAUGUCCCUUGUGUGUGUUUGUUUUUUAUAGUCUUAUUUUAACUGCCUCAAUCAGGAGGCUCAGGUUGUUGCUGCUUAUUGCUAGUGUAAUUUAUUUGAAUUGUGGGUUAGUAGAUAAACUGUUAUGUAUGACUAUGAAUUCACAUUAUCCUUAUGAACCUCCUCAGAGUAUUCAGGGGUCCGUGUAUACAAGCCCUUGGAUGAGCGCUUAUGGUAUACACAGAAUUGGUGGAGGCCAUCACUGGCGCCGCCUCUGACCUGAAUACUAGAGAUACAUACAAGCCUGUGCCCGUCCCAUUAACUUAUGUUUCUCCCUUUUUCUCCAAUCUUUCCAAAACAAUAUCAGUUUUGGAAACUAGUGUUCCAUCGGCUUGCUGGGAUGCAUUAGCGCAUAAAGAUUCCUUAAUCCAUACUCCUUUAUAUGACAGAGGUUUAUGAAUCCUUCUGUAACAUAUAUUAAUUCACGAAUGGCUACAGAAUGU